AUGGAGGGCGUGCGCAACGAGAAUUGGCGGCAGCACCGCAUGGUGGGACGUGGCACGUACGGAUUGGUCCAGUGGUCCGCGUAUCGGAUUCAAGAGGGCGUGGUGGUCGGGGUAGGGUUUGGCGCGACGCUGCUGCGGCCUCACAGAAAGAUCACGUCGUGCACGUGGCACGGGGCGGACGGGGUGACAAUACUGGGGGACCCGUCGCUGCACUACCCGCGGGACGAACCCCACGAGCAGUACGAAACCAUCGUCAUUCGCUGCGAUCUCCGCGGCAAGGUGGUUACCAACCUCGGCGGUUACCUCGUCGUCGGAAUCGACAACGAGCACAUAAUUCUCUAUAGAGAGGAUCGGGACUCGCCGACCCACGCGCUGCUGUCCACGACCCACCCGUACCGAACCUCGUUCUGCACGUACCCGAUUGCCGACCCUGUGGACGGGGCGAGGCUGCGGGAUUGGCUGCACGUGCACCAGACGUAUGGAGCGGAGCAUGUGGUUGGGUACGAUGCAGGCGGUGUGGACCGGGCGGCGCUGCGUGAAGUGAAGGAGUUUCUGGAUGAGAAGUUUCUGGAGGUGCUGCCGAUGCGGGAUGUGGUGCACUUUAGGGUGCAGGCGCAAGGCAAGCUCAUGGCAAUGCAGGACUGUCUCUUUCGCUCAACACUCACCUCCUCAUGGGUCAUCUUUCUCGACUGGGACGACAUUCUCCACAUCAUCUCGCCACCCUCCCUCUCGGAGCUCCUCUCCCAGCAUCGCAACGUGCCCUGGCUGUCCUAUGGUUGCCAAGUCUGGGGCACAAAAUUGUGCAUGGGGACCAAGGUCAGCAGUCGCACCAAGGGGCUCAUGCCCCAGGAGCGAAUGCUGUGGCACUGGCCGCACUUCCUGUGCUCUGAGGGCGACCCCCCCGUGGACGCUAACUUCUGCCCGGGGACUCGGGGGCACCGCUACAUCAUGGCCAACACCGGCAAGGUGUUUUUAAUGGGGGAGAGUGAAGUGGUUGAUCCGAGAACAGGAGGUGUGGACCUGUCGGUUGAGUCGGUGCGGCACGAGCGGUUUGAGAAUGUUCACAAGAGGGGCGCGGACAUGGACUGGUGCUCGGAGGUGUAUGGGGAGAAGGACACUGUUGAGUGGUGGGUGAAGGAUGGGACCAUGCAGACCCGUCUAGAGGUGAUUCGCAAGAAGGUUUAUUCCAAGGAGAAGAGAUGA